AUCUACACAACUUUACAAGAAUUGAUUCACCAUAUACCCACUUUAAUUGAUUCCUACACUACAUAUCCAUAUCCAUUAAAGUAUUAUUCUUAUUUAAAAAUCUACACAAAAACGUCAAUUCAAGAUUUGGGGUGUCAGAUAAAAGUACAAUUUUAUCUACCCAAGUGUCCCAAACAUAAAUUCUCUUAAAGUUCUUAAAUUCAUUUGUUUCUCUAUAUUUGUGUUUCCGCCUUGCACACGCCAAAACAUUACUUCUACAUCAGACUUUCCGCCGUGCACGCUUAAGUUUCCGCUUUCACCUCUUGCCAUGAAAAAUUCGAGUUUCCGCCGCGCGACCUUCUGAAACCACUGUGAAGAUGUCUGAACAUGAAGAUGUGGCUCCUGAUUUUGUGAGGCCUAGUACGAUCAAUGUUCACUCGAAUGUUAGCACGUACUAUAGGAUAGAUUAUUUGGCCAUUGUUAAAAAGGCAUUGCUUGAUGCAGGUGGGCAACCGUUGCUUGAUAGAUUUUUAGGGGGUUGUUUUGGGCACUUUAUUGAUUUCAAGCCCGGUCCUAAGUGUGGUAUGGCACUGCACUAUGUCGUCUCUCGCCAAAUACAAUCGGACGAUAAUGGAAUGUGGUUUUUCAUUAACGGGCGUAAAAUAUAUUUUUCCCCUAAGGACUAUGCACUUAUAACAGGUCUGCACUUUGGAUCAUCUAAUUUUGAUGUGAUUGGAGAUCAUCAUGAUGUAAGGAAUGUGAAGGUGUUUAGGACUUUUUGUGGUGGUCAUCAAAUUAGGAUUGCUGAAUUGGUAGAUACACUUAAUACUUUUCGUAUCGAUGAUCUGGAUGACAGUUUACAUUUACGUGUCGCCCAUGUUAUAGUGCUCUAUGGGAUGUUAUUGGGGUAUGAGUCGGAUAAGUACGUGGCUAGCUGGAUUUGGGCGAUGGUGGAUGAUUUGGAUGAUUUUUCCCGAUUUCCUUGGGGAGUAUAUAGCUAUCAGACUUUGUCUCAUUACACUUAUAAGUGCAAGCCAAAAAAGAAAUAUCACUUCUACGGUCCAGUUUGGGCGUUGCACAUUUGGUCCUUUGAGAUCUUAUCGCACUUGGCAAAUGAAGUUGGGAGACUCGUUGACGCGGUUGCGCAUCCUAGAUGCUUGAGGUGGAGGUUUCGGAGUUUACCUGCCUUGAAAGAUUUACGUCACCUAUUUGAGAAUGAGGUACUUAAAUGUUUGAUUUUAUUUUUAUUAUUUUUUUAUUGCAUGCUAAUUCUUUAUAAAUGCACAUUCGACUUCAUUGCCAAAUGCACAUACAAAAAUUAGGUGACUAAAUGCAAAUGACAUUUAUAUGAAAUGCACUUUCUAAUUAAUGCAUGAAUAAUGCCAAAACUCAACAUUAUACGACUCCAUGUAUAAAUAUAUGCUCAAAAUUGAGAAAUAUAUACCACGUAGCUAUCGCAGGAAGAAAGAAAUGGAGUUCGCGAGUUUGAAGCAAGGAAAUAAGACGGUAGCCGAAUAUGACCGUUUGUUCUGUGACUUAGCUCGAUAUGCACCAUAUCGAGUAGAUACCGAUGAGAAGAUGUCAGAAUUAUUUUGUGCUGGUUUGAAGCAAGAGAUUCGAGUUGUUUUAGCAAGUCAGAGCACACUUACUUAUGCUGAAGCACUGAACCGAGCACUAGACAUGGAGCUGGCAAUGCAGCCAGAAAAGACGAGUCAACCCUCUGUACUCCAAGUGAACCCGAAUGCUCAAUCGGGGAGUCAAUCCUUUUAUGGACAAGGGCAGAAAGGUAAAAGGAAGUGGGACGAGAGAAACCAAGGUCCUAAGAAGCCGUGGCAAGGUCAGAAUGCGCCACCAUUUUCUCAAGACAGAGAUAAACGACCUUAUGCAGCCCCAGCGGCAGCAGUGCAAGGACCAAGAGGAAUACCUCCCUGCCCAAAAUGCAAUAAGUUACAUUUGGGAGAGUGCAGGAUGGGAACAAAUAGUUGUUUCACCUGCGGAAGAGUCGGACAUUACUCCAACCAAUGCCCGAACCGACAACAAAGUGGAACCGGUGGAAGACCGAGACUAUUCCAGCCGCAACUCAAGGCCAUGGAAGGAGCCCUACCGCUACCACAGCCAGCACGCCAGCAAGCAAUCCAUCGACAACAUCAGCCAGGAAGACAGCCAGCUGACCCGCUGUGACAGCCCGAAACCAAAACAUUAUACUCCCUCCGUCCGCCAAAAGUAUUCCACUUUGGCCGGGCACGGAGUUUAAUAAAAUGUGUGAUGAUGUUGAUGUAGUGGAGAAAGGGCCCCACCACUUUAUGAGAUGUGUGGUUGAGAUUGAAUUUGGGGUGGGUUUUUUGUAAAUAAAAAGUGUUUGUAAGGAUAAAAUAUAAAGGUGGAUGAUGGGACCAUGGCUUAAAAAGGAAAGUGGAAUAUUUUUUGCGGACGCCAAAUAUAGUAAUUGUGGAAUACUUUUGGCGGACGGAGGGAGUAUGAAAUUAUUUGUUUUCAAGUUAUUUUAAAUUUCAGUGUAAAGUAUUUAUUUAAAUUUUAAAUUAUAAAGUCAUUGAAAAAUAUUUUAUGUAUCAA